AUGGACAAGCCAUCUGCACAACACUUGGAAGGAGGGCUCAAGACCCAUCCUGUCAUCCACGUUUCCUCUCAGCAACAAGCUUCAAUUCGUAGAAAGUUUGACCGUCGAGUCCUUCCCAUCGUGUGCAUUCUCUACAUUCUCUCCUAUCUCGAUCGAGGCAAUAUUGGAAAUGCCAAAACCGCUGGUCUUGAUAAGGACCUCCAUCUCAAUAGUGCUCAAUGGGCUUGGGUGCUCUAUGCCUUUUAUAUCUGCUAUAUUCUCUUUGAAUGGACGACUGUGCUGUGGAAACUCCUUCCUGCGCAUAUCUACGUUGCUGUAUUGUGCAUUUGCUGGGGCGCGGCCGCCAUGUGCAGCGGUGCCGUCAACAACAUGGCCGAAUUGAUCGUCUGCCGCUGUUUUCUAGGCAUCUUUGAAGCGGCCUUUGGAGCUGGAGCACCAUACUUCCUGUCUCUGUUCUAUCAAAGACGUGAACUGGGGUUUAGAGUCUCAUUAUUGCUGGGCAUGUCCCCUGUCGCCAACUGCUUUGCGAGUGCCUUGGCCUAUGGCAUCACGCAUAUCCGGGAUUCGUUGGAAUCAUGGCGAUAUCUUUUCAUUAUUGAAGGAGCACCCACCAUCAUCUUCUCCAUCGUCGUCUUCUUCUUCCUCCCCGACUCCCCGGGCACUGCCAAAUUCCUCAACGAAACCGAACAAACCCACGCCGUAGAGCGACUGCACGAUCUGGAUCAAACAGCAAAGAACCGGCUGGAGUGGAAUCAGGUCUUCAACGGCCUAUCCGACUACAAGAACUACAUCCACAUGGGCAUCCACUUCUGCUGCAACUACUCCUUCGCCGGCCUGUCCAACUUCCUCCCCACCAUCCUCCACGACAUGGGAUACACUUCUAUAACCGCCCAAGGCCUAUCCGCGCCCCCAUACUUCGCCUCAUUCCUCUGCUGCAUCGCUGCAGCGUUAAUCUCCGACCGCUACGGCCACCGCGGCCUCGUCAUCGCUGUCUCCGCAACAAUCGGCAUGAUCGGAUAUCUCCUCCUCGCCGCCGUCCAAGACGAGACGCAAACCGGCGUCCGCUAUCUCGGCAUCUGGCUUGCGACGUGUGGCGUCUUCCCCGCACUCUCCAUAAACAUCACCUGGCUGCUGAACAACCAAGGCGGAGAUUCGAAAAAGGGCGCCGGGAUGGCGGUGUUGGCGGUGUUUGGGCAGUGUUCGAGUUUUGUGAGUAGUUCUGUGUUUCCGGAGAGUGAGGCGCCGUUUUAUGUGAGGGGGUGUGCGGUGGGAUGUGCGUUGACGGGGAUGAUUGCCGUGUUGGCGUUGGGGCUGUAUGUGAAGCUAUUAAGGGAGAAUCGAAGAAGAGAUGUGUUGUAUGGGCGAGUGGAAGAGGGAGUGAGAGUGGACGUGACGGUUGAGGGGGAUAAGAGUGCAAUGUUUCGGUAUUUGAUUUGA